AUGUUAGUCCAACUUCAACUUUCUCUGCUUGUUUCAGCCUGUGCUGGCCUUCGUUCGAUGGCCACAGCCACUCUGGCUCCGGUAGCCGCUCGUCCUCCCUCCAGAUCUGAUCAACAGCAACACAAUGGAGGCGAUCUGUCCGAAACCAAUAACAAACCAUUACGCUGGAGGUGUAUAGACGACCAGCCUCAUGUGGGCAAAUAUAAAUUUAUUCGAACUAUCGGCAAAGGUAACUUUGCCAAAGUCAAGCUAGCCAGCCAUGUGAUCACCGGGAAGGAGGUGGCUAUCAAAAUCAUUGACAAGACUCAGUUGAGUCCAUCUAGUCGACAAAAGCUUUUUCGAGAAGUCCACUUAAUGAAAUUACUAGACCAUCCAAAUAUAGUCAAGUUGUUCGAAAUUAUUGAAAAUGAUCGAAUUCUUUAUCUUGUUAUGGAGUUCGCAAGUGGUGGUGAAGUAUUUGAUUAUCUGGUUACUCAUGGCCGAAUGAAAGAAAAAGAAGCCCGUUCGAAAUUCCGUCAGAUCGUUUCAGCUGUGCAAUACUGUCAUCAGAAGCGCAUUAUUCAUCGCGAUUUAAAGGCAGAAAAUCUCCUCCUCGAUUCCGAUUUAAAUAUCAAAUUAGCUGAUUUCGGUUUCGCUAAUGAAUUUAGCCCGGGCACGAAAUUAGAUACCUUUUGUGGCAGUCCACCAUAUGCAGCUCCCGAAUUAUUUCAGGGGAAAAAAUACGAUGGCCCUGAGGUAGAUGUAUGGUCUCUGGGUGUUAUUCUCUACACUCUGGUCAGCGGUUCCCUCCCAUUUGACGGACAGAAUUUGCGCGAGUUGCGCGAGCGAGUUCUGCGAGGCAAAUACCGAAUCCCAUUCUACAUGUCCACAGAUUGCGAAUCCCUCCUGAAAAAGAUGCUUGUCCUCAAUCCGGCCAAACGCUAUAGUCUGGAGGCCGUCAUGAAAGACCGAUGGAUCAAUACUGGCUAUGAAGACAAUCCCCUCACUCCCUACGUUGAACCCGAGCCAGACUAUACGGAUCCUGUUCGUAUUGAAAUUAUGGUUAAUAUGGGUUUCAACCGCGAUGAAAUUUUAAAGUCCCUAAAGCAAGGCAACUUUGAUGAUAUCACCGCCACCUAUCUCCUACUUGGCCGACGACGCUCAUCCCUGGAGAGCGAGUCGCGCGAUGGAUCCAGUCUUUCCCUUCGGCAAAGCAGUCACAUGAUCUCCUCAGCAUCUGCCUCAGCAGUUGGCCCAUCCGGCAAUUAUGCCCCAUCAGUGCCAAGUGAAAUCACGUCUAACGCGGCCAGCGGUGACGAUGGUCCCUCAGGCACCUCUAUUGGUGCCACUAGUCCACCUUCGCUUAGUGGCCAUAUUGCCAGUGGCAAAGGGAUCGUUUCCAUACCACCACGUUCGGUCAGUACAACCCCUCCAGAUACAAGUAUAACCACUGGUGUGUCUGCAUCUAGUGCUACAUCCAAGACAAACGACACGAACGCGUCCGUAUCGGCUACAAACAGAUCUGCUAACUCCUCAAACUCCGACAGUCAAACCAUAACGGGGACAAUUUCCGCCAAUGCGGGUGCCACUACCCCUGUGUCCAUCAAUGCUUCGGGGGCUGUAAGCGGAGGCAAAUAUAACAAUGUCGCAUUAAACACCUGUCCUUCGUCCACAUCAACUCGUCUAGGUCGCGGCGAUUUGGUUCGUACCUCGGAUCGACCCAGUCGGACUGAGGCUCAGCGCCUGGUGUCACAUUCGCGUGUUACUGCGGGUGGCUCCGCACCGUCGGAUACAACAUCUCCGCCUGUGGCGGGCGGUGGUGGGUUAGCCGCCUACCCGAAUGUCGCUGGACAGCGCGCGAGUCUGGAUAGUGGCGGAUCAGGCAGGCCCAUGACAGCCGGAGCAAGAAAGACUCUGAACACAGUAUCUCAGAGCCCAAAUCAAAUCUCCAAAACGUCACCUAGUACAUACGAUACGUAUUCUAACCGUCGGCCUACUAUUGCCUCUACUGGCACAGGUAGAUCAGGUCCUGGAACUGGGGCCGCCUACGAUACAGCCGGUGCACGCAACUCAAUCGCUUUGUCUGGUUUGGGUGCUGGGGCAGCUUUGAUGGGACCCGGUGGUGCAGCAGCUGAAAAGGGCGGUUCCGGUCCAGGAAAUGGACAGCUAUCCUCCAAUGGUGGUGGACGUCUUCCUACUCACGAAAUCCGAAGGUACAGGUUUUGUGCAGUGUCAACCUAUAUGUAUUUUUGUAUUUGUAUAACUUGUUUAAGCUCAUGCGCUUGGAUUUCAGUUAAAGAUGUACACUGUUCGUCACGCGGAAUGAACUAUACAGUUCCACAUUAUAACGUGCAACGUAAGGAAUGUCGCGGUAGUUUGUUUCGUGUACAAAACUUCUGA